AUGGGCUCCGAGCUGCCCGCACCUUGGCUGCUGCUCUUCACCUGGCUCCCAGCAGGCUGCACGUCCUUGCUGGUGACGGUCCAGCACACGGAGCGCUAUGUCACCCUGUUUGCCUCCGUCAUCCUCAAAUGUGACUACACCACCUCUGCCCAGCUCCAGGAUGUGGUGGUGACAUGGCGCUUCAAGUCCUUCUGCAAGGACCCCAUCUUUGACUACUACUCUGCAUCAUACCAGGCGGCUUUAUCCCUGGGCCAGGACCCGUCCAAUGACUGCAAUGACAGCCAGCGGGAGGUUCGCAUCGUGGCCCAGCGGCGGGGGCAGAAUGAACCUGUGCUGGGGGUGGAUUACCGGCAACGCAAGAUCACCAUCCAGAAUCGAGCAGAUCUGGUGAUUAAUGAAGUGAUGUGGUGGGACCAUGGAGUGUAUUACUGCACCAUUGAGGCCCCAGGGGACACGUCAGGAGACCCAGAUAAGGAAGUGAAGCUCAUCGUCCUGCACUGGCUGACCGUGAUCUUCAUCGUCCUGGGAGCCCUCCUCCUGCUCCUGCUGAUUGGAGUGUGCUGGUGCCAAUGUUGCCCCCAGUACUGCUGCUGCUACCUCCGCUGUCCCUGCUGCCCCGACCGCUGCUGCUGCCCCCAGGAAGCCCUGGCCCGCCACCGCUACAUGAAGCAGGCUCAGGCCCUAGGCUCUCAGAUGAUGGAAAAACCCCUGUACUGGGGGGCGGACAGGAGCUCCCAGUUUUCAUCUUAUCCAAUGAACCCACUGCUGCAGCGAGAUUUGUCCCUGCAAUCCAGCCUCCCCGAGGUGCCAGUGACCCAGGCAAUCGCUCACCCUCCCAUCCCCAGUGGUGUCCUAGAGUAUUUGGAGAAGGAGCUGCGGAACCUCAACCCAGCCCAGCCUCUGCCGCCUGACCUCCAGGCCAUGUCUGGCCACCCCUGCAGCAUCCUGUCCUCCCUGGGCUCUGAGGUUGUGGAACGCAGAGUCAUCCACCUGCCUCCCCUGGUCAGAGACCUGCCAGCUUCGCGGAGGACCAGCAGCUCCUCCCGCCAGCAGUGGCUCCCUGCACCGCCAUCUCCCCCCAGACCCUGGGAUCUGAGGGAGGGGAGAAGGCAGCACCGCUACUCUGAUUUCCACCAGGAGCUCCGGGAUCCUGAGGCUCAGUGCUGGGAGCUGGAGCAAAGGGAGCUGGACCGACUGCGGCGUGGGAGGCACCGCGGCUCCAGGCAUCGCUGGUCACCCAGGCCCUGGUCAGACAGGGACAGCCUCAGCGACGGCGACGGCCCCUCAUCCAGUGAGGCCCACUGGCGGCCCCACCGCCCCCCUCUCCGGAGCCGGAGCCGCUACCCAGAGAGAGAUCCCUACAGGCCCAGCCCCAAGGAAAGCGCUCAGGGGCACCAGAGGCGCAGGCCCCACAGCUACUCCCCUCCCCUGCCCUCUGGCCUCAGUUCCUGGAGCUCAGAGGAGGAGAAGGAGAGGCAGCCCCAGAGUUGGGAGACCCGCCGCCAUCGUCGCUCGUGCUCCCCAAACUGGCCUGAGGAGAAGCCACCCAGCUACCGCUCGCUGGAUGUCAGCUCAGGCAAGAAUGGCAAGAAAAAAGGGAGUGUGAAGAGGCACUUGGAGAGAGAGAGCUCCCAUAGUGGAAGGAGUGUGGUCAUUUAG